AUGAAAAUGGCCUUACACAAUAUCAAUAAAACAUUAAUAACUUUAAUUGUGUUAGCAGUAGUAAUAACAGCGAGUUUUGCAGCUCCAGCUGCUGGGGGUGAUAAUUUGGUAGUAGCAUCAUCAAAACAACGAAAACGUCGAGAAGCAGACUUGACACCCUACGUUGUCCUCCUAGGGUUUGAUAGUGAUUAUGCUCUAUUUACAUAUGACGGUGGGGAUGGUUUGGCGGUAUUGGCCAGUCACGCUGAUGGUCAGUCAGUCAAUGGUGAUGGUGGAUCAGUCAGCGUUGGUACUAUGAAUGUUCAUUUACUUAGUAUAGUUGGAAUACUGGCUGGUGAGCAUAAAGGCGUUGAUUCUUCUGGUAAGGAGCAGAGUAUCUAUCCCAGUUGGACAAUGGCAUAUGCGCCUGCUGUAACUAAUGGCCUGUGGACUCACCCCGGAGUUGUUACACCGUCGUUAUCAGUCGUUCUUGGGUCGAAUCAGUCUUUUUCGCUUCAGAAUGAUGGUAUAGAUAAUUUAAAUUUUUAUACUCACGAUUCAAGUGGUAAAACCAGUCUUGCCGGUACUGCCACAUAUGCUAAGCCUUUGGCAGUUUCAAUUACUUUUCAGUCGUCAAAUGGUACAUCUGGUAACGCAACGGUUUUAAUGCUAGCAAACAUCCUCCCGUUAUUUUAG